GAAAUAUUAUAACAAGUAAACAAAGCGGUACAUCAAACGUAAGUAUACUACUGUGACGUAAAUAUUUACCUGUGACAUCAUAGAAAUAUCGGUGACGUACCUUCACUGACGUCAUUGAUCAACUAAGGACCGAACAAAACCCUUUGUUGACGAAUAAAUGGGAUUGUUCGGGAAGAAUCCGCCCCCGGAUCCGCGAGAAAAGGCGCGACAAUGGUCGUCGGAACUUCGUAAAGAAGGAAGACUGUUGGAUCGGCAAAUAAGAAGUAUUCAGAGGGAACAAGAAAAGGUGAAAAAGUCGCUGAAAGAGGCCGCAAAAAAAGGUGACAAACAAUCUGCCGCAAUCCUCGCUAAGGAGCUUGUACAUUCGAAUAAAAGCAUCAGCAGAAUUUACGCUUCAAAGGCAACAAUAAACUCAGUAGAUAUGGGCAUCAAGAACCAGGUUGCCAUGGCUAGAGUAUCCGGGGCGUUCGAGAAAAGUUCUGAAGUCAUGAAAGCCAUGCAGGAGUUGGUGAAAGUAGAUGAAGUUCGCGAGUCAAUGAUGGGGUUAUCCAAGGAAAUGAUGAAAAUGGGGCUUGUUGAGGAAAUGAUGGAUGACAUGAUGUCACCACUAGAUGACAGUGAAGAGAUGGAGGAAGCCGCACAAUCAGAGAUUGAUAAAGUUCUCUAUGACAUCACAGCAGGUGCCCUCGGUAAGCUUCCCGAGAGCGAGGACCACGAGUUACCGACGAUUGAGGUCGAAGAUGAAGAAGAAGAUGAGGACGUGAUGCAACGGAGGUUGGAGGCGUUGAGGAGCUAAUCAUGGACAUCUUAUAUAAUCAUAGAGAUGUUAUACUUUUGUGCGAAUGUUUGUAAAUAAACGUCAACUUUUAA